UUUUCGAAGCAUGGGUUCGGUCAUGUUGCUGUCGCUUCUGUGAAUUUCCACACCACUACCACCACCACCACCACCCAUUGCCGCCGACGACCACACAAUCUCACCGCUACCUUCUCUCCUCCCUCACUCUCACUCAACACAAGGAAGGCUUACAAGGUCGCCGACGCCUGCUUGUAGUUCAAAAUGGCCUACCGCCUCAUAACCCAAGUCGUCCUCAUCGGCACCCGCGUUCUCGGCCGCUCCUUCGCCGAAGCCUACAAGCAAGCCGCCGCCUCGUCGGCCUACCAACGCGCCCAGGCCCAGUCCGGCAAUGGCACCACCGGCCGCGCCAGCCUCAGCAGCGGCAUGACCCUCGACGAAGCCUGCAAGAUCCUCAACGUCAAGCCACCACAAAAGGGGGAAGCCAAUAUGGAGGAGGUCAUGGAGCGAUUCAAGCGCUUGUUUGACAACAACGACCCCAAAAAGGGCGGUUCAUUCUACCUGCAGAGCAAGAUCCUGCGCGCGAGGGAAAGGAUCGAGGCCGAGGUGCGCCCACAUAUGGAGAAGGCGGAGCAAGAGGCCGAGGUAAAAGAGGGGUGGAAUCCAAAGCUGUACAAGGAUAAGAAAUAAGACGUUUUCUUUCUCCAGGGGGAACGACAUAUCGAGCGAAUGGGUAACAGGUUGGGCCAAGACGACUGACAACGACUGCUCGAAAGACGGUAUCGAAAGACGACACUUGCACCACAGCCUGGCCAUCUACCGCAUUGUACACAACAUCUUCACUCGACUUUUGUUUUUUUUAAAAAAUGGGGCAGGCAGGCGGGCGUGCAUGCGGCGGGCAGGCCAGGCGUUAUGAGGGAUAUUUUUGGGUAGAAUUUGGGCGGCGAGGAGCAUUUCAUCAGCUAUGCAUUGGUUUAGAACUGCCACGGCCCCACCUUGUGUUUUUAAUACUGUACAUUAUGUAGGUAGCGGGCAUGGUGAUGAGCUACGAACUGGAGGGGCGCAUCUCUGGACGAGGUCUAGGGGACGGCUUUUUGUGGUGAGGAGGGAAAAGCAAAUCCAAAUCAGGUUCACA